AUGCCUAGCGAAGUCUCGUACAUCCGGGCCGCACACGUGCGGGUUCUGCCGGAAGAGCUUGAUGGCCCAGCGUUGUAUCUGCCUAUGGCUAGAAUGGUUGUGGCUCUUCGCCCUGAGGUCGAUGAAGCAGGCAAUGGCCGUUACACCAUCUUUGAGCCAGGGCAACGGCCGCGCGUUCGGGCUUGCAGUCACGACUGGAGGCUGAGCGAUUACGCGGCGGAUGCUGCCGGUUCUGCCGCCGGGCCGGUCCGCACGCUUCAGUUUAUAACGAGACCCAUGUCGGGCCUUCCAUGCCCCCAGCUCACGCUGACACUGACCACUGCGGCUCCUGAUGCCCUUGCUGUCCCUUUUGAUCUCAGAGUGUUUGCCCUGAAUGUUGUGACGGCCUCGGUGACCAAUCAGGCGACUAUGGCGGCCCUACCGGAUAUCUUGGCCAGUGGUGCUCCUAUUCCGCGCCUCCUGACUCUUCCACAGGGCACGCCGCAGGCCGUGCUAGAUGCCGCUGGCCGCAGGCAUGUUGACUUCCGAGGGCCCCUUGUUGAGCUUGAAUGGGCCGUGUUGCAUUAUGCAGAGCUGGGGGGUGAUGUUGAAGAUGCCACUGCUACGCGGCCUGAUGCGCUGCGUGCUCUCCGGGGUGACGUGCCUUCUCUGCUUGGCAGGGAGCGACGACUUCGCCCUACUUUUCAGCCACCCGCCUUUGAGUGUCGCCCUGCGUAUAUCUUCGAGGAUAGUGUGGCCAUCCAGGACUCGCUCCAGUUCACUCUCGACCGUGGUAGCGGUCCCUAUGGGCGACAGCGAUUCCAAUACACCCUCUUUGCCUGGCACAGCUGGCCGCGGAACCUGCUCGCAGAGCCGGGGUGGACCUUGUCGGACCUGGCAGUUUUUGCAGGAGCCUCUCACGAUGAGUCUCUUCGUAGCAUGCAUGUGCUCCAAAGCCCCAUGCCAGGCAUUGCCACGCCGCAAAUGGUUGCGACCUCGGUUGAUGUCGUCGAUCCGUGGAGGAUCAUACCAGUUGAUCUUAGACCCAUCGGUGGAGACGUCUUUUGCCCUCCUCUAAGCCCGGACAUGCCUGCAGAAGAGGUCUAUGCCCGAAUCCGGCCUUUUGUUACCACGAAUGUUGCGGUGCAGCUGCGCGUGGAAGGUCACGGUCCUGUCUACCUGCAAGACCAGACAGGUGCGGUCUAUGACACCCUGCCUGACACUCUUGACAAUGUUGACUGGCUGGCGGUCCGGCCCCUUCACAGGGUGAUGCCGACAUCUCCCCUUCCUGCUGGCACUACGACCACUACGACAGGGGUUGUUGCGGGUCCCGUCCGUGUCCUGGUCGCCCUUGUGACUGGUGCCCAGACUCUACGCACCUUACCAGUCGAGCUGGAGGCUUUUGAUUCUGUGGUGGCCUUGACGCGGCUCGUCAGUGCGGUCGCCCGGAGUCGCACUUUGCCUCCUGGCGGUUAUGUGCAGCAGCUCGCAGCCUAUCCCUCACAGGACCCGGAUGGUGUUCAGUCCAUUCCUUUUGUCCUGGCUUCGGGGCGGACAGGCCUCGUUGCUGUCGUUAUCGACAUCACGACCUGUGGGCAAGGCAUCUAUUCUGUCGAAGUUUCUGAGAACACCUGGGCGGAGGAUUUGCUGAAGCCUAAUCAACGGGCUAGAGAACUGACCUAUUUGGUCAACGGCAUACCCAUGCAGGGCAUCAGGCGGCCGCUGCGGACAGGGGACUACCUGCAGCUAGUUCCCAACACAUGCCGAGGUACCCUCACCAUUUCCCCCUCCACGGUCUGGAUGAGGAGGAUCAGGCAGCUGCGCCUGUGGGCGCUACCCGUGGCAUUUCCACCCCUCACGCAUGGCCAGGGCGGAAUGCCCACUGAUCUGGCGGAGCAUGCCGCUAGGGCGUUUUUAAGAUACUAUCGUGAGGUUGAGGCAGGGCGGUUGCAAACCUUCGGGUCCUUCGGCCCAGGCAGAGUCGCUAUCUGGGUCCUCUCGGCCUGGAACCCUCCGAUGCUCUUCGCUGCUGUUUGCCCGGUGACCCCAUCUCUCGCCGAAUCUGAGCAGGCGUUACGCUCUUCUGGGGUCAUCGCGGAGGACGCUGUCCUUAUCGAGGGCGAACGCCCGAUUAGCUUGACUGAUUCCGUUGUUAUACAAGUGGGACCUGCCGACCCGUAUCGCACUCUGCUUCUCCCAGUUCCUGGGGACCCUGAGUUCUUUAUGGUGACGGCUAUCAAUCCACUGGCCCCGAUUGAGCCCACCUUGCAUGUCUUGCCUAGACUUCCCUAUACUGUCGUUUUCCCUCCCGCUGAAGUGAGAGAUGGGGCAGUCUUUAGGGUCCGGGUCCCUGCGGGGGCUGUGUCCGCCCGGGCGCGAGUUCGGCCGCGGCCGGAAUCCACAGGCAGCGCCACCAGCAGCCUCAGUCUUCUCCAAGCUGACCUUCGACUGUCAAGGAAGAGUGCCGCUCCUGAGGACGAUGCCGAGCUGCGGGUGACUAACCUGCCUCCUCCUCAUAAGCCGGCGGAGACCUCCACCGUGCCUUGUAGCGUCCCUACGCCCCAUGGCAGGAGACGGAUUUUUGCCCCAGAGCCCCAACAUACCCAGCCUGAGGCGGCGACAUCGGGCAAUGCCUGCCUUGGUGCCUCGAUUAUUGGCCGCGCACCAGAUGACCGAGCUGUCAUACGGCAGCUGUGCCUUGAUGAGCUGCUUCCGUCAGCCCCGCAAACCCAGCCAGCCCUUGCGUUUCCUCUGCCUGAUGGUCUUGAGCGGGAUGCCUUCGAGCCUUUUGCUCUGGACACUCUUCAAUGUGAGGUACCCAUAGGUUUGCGGCUGGUUCCGAGUGCACGUGCUUUUCUGGCGGCCCUUCCUGCAGCGCCGCAGGGCCACCCCGAGGCGCUCAUGAUGUUUGUCGACGGCUCCUUUCGUGAUGGCUGUUCCUCCUGGUCCGUCGCUGUUUUGGGUCUGUUCCAGACCACUUGGCACUGGAUGGGCUUCCGGGCCGGUCGAGUCCCGGACGAAUGCAGCGGGGUUUCUGUUUAUGAGGCCGAAUUGUGGGCUCAACUUAUGGCCCUAUGUACGGCGGCGCAGGCGGACUUGCCCACGGCCGUCCUUUUUGAUUCCCAGUCGGCGGCCCUUGUAGCGCACGGCGCUACCGCAGAGCUAGCCGCGCAUCCACUCCAGGCUACUGUGGCCAGUGUUGCCUGCUACGUCCGGUGUGGGCGCCAUCCGCUGCGGUAUCGUCACAUACCCUCGCAUCAAGGCAAUCCGGGCAAUGAACUGGCCGAUGGUCUUGCUAAGCACUUUCUUGGCCUCGAUGUUGCCGCGGAUAGGCUGUCACAACAGAUUAAGCCUGAUGUCCUUGGUUGCCACUUUAGUUGGCUAUGGCUGCGUAGGGUUGCAGGCACCCAGGCUCAAUGGCCGGCCCUCGAUCAACACGGCUGUUCUCUCCCUUGCACUACAGUGAGCGCCCCGGUUCCGGCUGCAUGUCCUCAGCACACCUAUGUGCCCCGCCCGGAGCAAGGUGCGGCCCGCAAGCCUAUGCGUGUCAAGGCCCUUUUCCUCACCUACAACACCCUCUCUUGCAAGACAAGCCUUCAACGACAUUGUCUGCAUCGCUUUAUGCAAUCCCAGGAUGCUGCGGUGCUGGCGCUGCAGGAGACCCGCCAGGUUACUCCGCCUGUGACUGUGGUUGAGGGGGUUAUUCGGGUUGCGUCUGCCCCGGUUGACGGACAGAUGGGAUGUCAGCUUUGGUUGCGGUCCAGUGGCGUGCUUGCUUUCGACCGUCAUCGCCUGUCUAUCCUCUGUGCUGAGCCGCGGAUGUUAAUAGUUAUGACACAGACCUCUGUGGGCCCACUGGUCUUUGUGGUUGCUCAUGCCCCUACUUCCACGGCACCUGCCGGGGAGAAGGAGGCGUGGUGGGCGUGUCUCAACAACAGGCGUCUGCGUGGCUUGCCGCCUAAGGCCACUCCGGUAAUAUGCUGUGACGCUAAUGCCCGAUACGCCUGGCGUCAGGGCCAGGAGCACCCGGCGAACGACAAUGCGGCCCAGCUUGACAAGGUGGCGGAUGCUUUUGAGAUGUACCGAACCAGGUCCUAUAGCCCUGCGGGAGACCUGGUGGUGACCUGGACUUCUCCCCAGGGAGCCCCUGCUUGCCUCGAUUAUAUCCUUUUUCCGCGUGUUUGGCAGGCUCAUGUUGACACGGUCCCGGGCCUUGUUCUCCUUGACGAGCACGCGGGGAUCGACCACCAGGUUCUUGGGGCGCGUCUGGAUGUUCAACUUGAUGUGGCAACUCGUGCGGCUCCCUGCCUUGACCGCGAGGCCAUGCUGACCCCGGAAGGCCGGACUGCUGUUGCGCAGCUCUUUGCGAAUGCCCCUAUCUGUCCGUGGUCUGCCAAUUCGGACGAGCACCUGCGUGGUCUUCAUGAGCACCUGCUCCAUGGCGCACGGGCUCUUUUCCCAGGCGCAAGGCAUGGCCCCCGCCGACCGGUCCUCUCUGAUGGCACCUGGCAGCUCUUGCGUGUGAAGCGCUGGGCGCGCCGCGUGUACCGUAGACGGCAGAGGCUUUUCCGUCGCCAGUGCUUGCAUGCUGUGUUUGGGGGCUGGCGCGAAGCCACUCGUGUUUUCGACGCCGGUCUACCGGAAACGAGCCUCUUGCGGGCCCAUGACUACCGGGUUGCGCACUACAUCCGCUUCAUGCAGCAGCUUGGUGUUUCGCUGCGUGCGGCCACCCUGGCUGAUGAGGCAGCUUUUGCUAGAGAUCACCUCACAAGGGCACGAAAGGCCGGACCCAAGGCAAUGGCUGCUGCCAUACGGGCGGUGCUAAAGCACGGCAGGCGCUACAGGCGGCCGCAGCCAGCACCCACCCUCCGCACUGAGAACGGUGACCUGGUGCAUGAUGAGGCCGACAUUAAGGCGCUGUUCGGACGCCAUUUUGCUAAGUCUGAGCGUGCCACUCCCUGCUCUUUUGCAGACAUGGCGUGUCCGCGGCCCGAGCGGGCCCCCACGUGUCUGGUCGUGGAUGCCCUGCCCACUGUUGCCGAUCUCUCUAGUGCUUUCGCAGGUAUGCGAUGCGGCAAAGCUCCAGGCCCCACUCUUCUUCCGGCGGAGCUUUUCAAGGCGGCACCUAUGGAGGCAGCUCUGAGUGUUAUGCCGGUGCUUCUCAAAUCUCAGGCUCGCCAGUGUUUUCCUCUCCUCUGGCGAGGCGUGCAUUCCAUUGCACUUUUGAAGCCCCUCAAAGACCCGCAGAAGGUCGACAGCCAUAGAGCCAUUGCCCUCAUGGCCACUACUGGCAAAGCUGUUGCCAAGGCCUGCCGCCCUGUUUUGGCCAGGAACUUCGAGUCGAUCACACAGGCGUCCGUGGGUGGCUCACGGAAGGAUGUCCCGAUUGAGCUCCCUUCCUUGAUGGUUCAGGCUUUCCUUGGCCAUCUCCACCGCCACAGGCUCAAUGGUGCGGUGCUCUUUCUGGACGGAGUUGCGGCCUUCCCGUCUACGGACCGCACCCUCUUGUUUGACCUCACGGAGGAUGAGCUUCAUGCUAAGCUCGUUGAGGCUCAGGUUGAGCCUGCGGUGGCUGAUCGAUACAAGGCUGCCUUCAGGGGACGAGGUGCCCUGGACCGUGCCGGUGUGCCGGCAGAUGUGAUUGCGUUCCUUCGUGCCUCCCUUCGAGGAACAUGGUUCAGUGUGGACGAAAAUUCUGCCCAGGCCUAUGCCACCACUUGCGGCACGCUGCCGGGUGCCCCUAAUGCUGAUAUCUCCUUUCAGUAUGCAGCCCAGGCAUCCUUGGCCGCCCUUGAGCGACACCUAGCUGAUGAAGGUAUAUCGGCAAGCCUUGUUGCGCCUUCUGGUGACCAUGUUGAUGCACCCCCAGCGACGUGGCUGGAUGACAUUGCUUUGAUGGUCGCCAGCCCUAGCGCCCAGCAACUACCGCAUGCAGUUGCGCGGGCGGCCAGCUUGGCCGCCCAAUACCUUCGCAUCCUGGGGGUCGGUACCAACUUUGCCCCGGGCAAGACGGAAACAGUCAUGCAUGCAUGUGGCCCCGGUUCCCAGCAGGUGAGGCGUCGAUGUAUGGUUGGGGAUGAUCUGCAGCCUACCCCAGGCAUAGGUGUCAGCAUCCCGGGCCACCCCACUGUUCAGCUGCGGUGCGUUGCCCAAUACGCGCAUCUCGGAACGUUGCGUGCCACUGACGCCAAGAGCGUCGAGGACGUCACCAAGAGGAUUGCCCAUGCCCGUGAGGCCUUGCACCCGGUACGUUACUAUGGCAUACUCCGUGGCUGCGUUGUGCAAGGGCGUGACUGCCUGGUCAAGCCUGCCGCUGACAAGGCGCGUCUUCAUGAGCGGGCGGCUGUCGCUGGUGUUUGCUACAGUGCUGUCCCGGUCAUCAAACCCACCGACGGGGCGUGUGAAUGUCAGAUCUGUGGCUCGUGCUUCAGCACGGCUGCUGCCAGGGCUGCCCACAUGGCCAAGGUCCAUGAUGUCAGGUCGCAGGCUAGCUAUGCCGUAGGCUCCUCCUGUCAGGUCUGCUGCAAGCAGUACUGGUCGACCGCCCGGCUGCGCCAGCAUCUUCGUACGUCUGUACGCUGUGCCCGCUCCUUUGCUGGAGCCGACUUGGACACAGAGCCUGAGGUGCAUGAGGACCCGUGCGUACGGGCCCCGCCCACGGUCAUGUUCGGGCCGCGGCCUUGGUGGGCCCUACUGGUGCCCCAGCUACCUUCACCGAUUCCCAGUGCAGAGAUCAGCUGGCCCACGAACCACAGUGGGUCCACCUGCUUCCUCCCUAUCUUAGAGCGCUUUCUGCGACUGGUCGAGUCCCAUGGGUCCGAGGAAGCGGCCCAAAUUUUGCAGGAGGUAGUUUUUUCUGACGAGUAUGGUCGCCUCGCCCAACGGCUUGCGCCUGCUUUGUCGGAUUCCUCUCGCGAGCAUCAGUACGCGUGUACAG